GUUAGGGCAUAUUGUAACCCGUCUUCUUCUUCUUCCUCCUCCCUUUCUUUCUUCUUCUUCUUCUUGAGGAAGCCAUGGAGUCCCCUAAGAAGUCCAACAAGAUCACCGAAGUGGUUCGACUCCGGCAGCUCCUCAAGAAGUGGAGGAACUUCGCAAACUCGUCGAAAACUGCCCCAGCUGCCACACCACCAGCCACCGCUGCCGUGAGCCCGAACCGCGGUGGCAUUCACAAGAGCAUCAGCUUCCUCAAAAGAACGAUCUCUUCUCUAUCAUCAGAAGACGAUGGCAACAACAACAACAAGAAGCACAGCAGCGGCAACAGCAAGGUUAUCCCGAAAGGCUUCCUUGCGGUCUGCAUCGGCGAAGAGCUUGAGAGGUUCGUCAUCCCAAUGAACUACUUGGGCCACCCAGCGUUCAGGUACUUGCUGCGAGAGGCCGAGGAGGAGUUCGGGUUUCAGCAGACAGGCGUCCUGAGGAUCCCAUGCGACGUUCCGGUGUUCCAAAGUGUUGUGAAGAUGGUGGAGGGAAAGAAGAAGAAGAAGAAGGUCGUCAACAACGGCAGGUUGGUGGUGAAAGUACAGUGCAGGCUCGAUGCAGACGAGAUGUGUGGAGGUCUCCUGUUGGACGAUGGUGAGAUGGUUCACUCUCGCCAUCAUCCUUGGAGCCCUUUAUGCAGAUGAAUCGUCUUCCCCUCUGUGUUCUUGCUUAGGUCUUUUAUAUUAUUAUACCAGACAUGUUGCUUCUUAGGAGAUGUAGGCUGUACUUUAUACUCUAUGUCAAUAGAUAAACAGAUACAGAAAGCAUGGAGAAGGGGAUGUAGUAUCGACCUGUUUUGAAAUGGAGAUCUUGACCU